GGUCAGAAUUUUAUUUGAAUGUAUUUCACACCCAUUGCUCACCACAAUGGUUUUUUCCAUCAUGGACGCCAUUCACUGACGUUCAUCCAGGUACUGCCAGGUCUUUGCCUCACAGCAUCAUGAGUGAGCUGAAGGACUGCCCCCCACUGAAAUACUACGACUUCAAGCCUGUAGAGCAUGUCAAGGUGUGUCCCCGCUACACGGCUGUGCUGGGCCGCUCAGAGGACGAUGGGAUUGGCAUUGAGGAGCUGGACACCCUGCAGUUGGAGCUCGAGACACUUCUGUCCUCAGCCAGCCGCCGCCUCCGAGCCCUGGAGGAGCAGAGACAGAUCCUUACAGAUUGGCAGGACAAGAAGGGAGAUAAGCGCUUUCUGAAGCUGGGGAAGGACCCAGACCCUGCUGCCACAUCUCGCCACAAACCAAAGAAACAGAAAUUGGAUGGCAAAGGUGGUCAUGGGCCAGGUCCUGGUCCCGGCAGACCCAAAUCCAAAAACCUGCAGCCUAAAGUCCAAGAGUAUGAGUUUACAGACGAUCCACAAGACAUUCCCCGCACUCCUAAAAACGAUGCCCCCAACAGAUUCUGGGCGUCAGUCGAGCCAUACUGCGCCGAUAUUACAAAUGAAGAGGUUCGAUUGUUAGAAGAGCUUCUGAAACCCCCAGAGGAUGAAGCCGAGUAUUUCAAAAUUCCAGCACUGGGGAAACACUACUCUCAGCGGUGGGCUCAAGAGGACCUGCUAGAGGAGCAGAGGGAAGGAGCACGAGCCAACGACAAGAAGAAGAGCCUCAUGGGAGGACCACUGUCUGAACUUGAUGCAAAAGAUGUGGACUCGCUGCUGAAAAAGUCAGAGUCCCAGCAUGAAUCUCCAGAGGACGGCUGUCCCUUUGGUCCUCUCACGCAGCGUCUGCUCCAGGCCCUUGUAGAGGAGAACAUUAUAUCCCCCAUGGAGGAUUCUCCUAUACCAGACAUUUCAGGGAGGGAUGCUAACGAUGGUGCUGGGACGUCUCCUCGAAGCCAAGGAAAAGCUUUUAGUGUUCCUCACACACGUUCCCUGGAGGCGCGGAUCAAAGAGGAGCUGGUAGCCCAGGGGCUGCUGGACUCUGAGGAGCGACCUGGACCAGGUGGAGACUCGGAGGACGAGGUCCUGGCAGAGCUGCAGAAGAGACAAGCAGAGCUCAAAGCCCUGACUGCUCACAACAGAGCUCGCAAGCAAGAGCUGCUCCGGUUAGCGAAAGAGGAGAUGCGCAAGCAGGAGCUGAGGCAGCGAGUUAGGGUGUCCGACAACGAGGUGAUGGAGGGAUUUCGGCGAAUCAUGGCAGCGCGGCAGAAGAAGCGCACUCCAACCAAGAAGGAGAAGGACCAGGCCUGGAAAUCGCUGAAGGAGAGGGAAAGUAUCCUCAAGCUACUAGAUGGAUAGGAGAAGCAACAAUUUGUGUCUGUUUUUUUUUCCCAGAAAAAAUAGUCCUCACAAAGAUUAGGACAGAUGUGACAGCUGUUACAUGGUCAGUGAACAGCUGUAACCAUGAUGAUGAAUGAAACAGUUUCCUGCAAGUGAACAUGAUUUGAUUUGGGACAUUUCUGUAGUAGUUGAUCAGUAACACUUGGUCUACAUCAGAGACUUUUUCUCCUUUUGUUGCGUUAUUUUUUUUUUUUUUUGUCACAGGAAUUUUUUAUGUUGCUUUUUAUUUUGUUUACCAUUGUAAUGUUAUGAAAACAAUACACAUGAAUGUUUGAAUAAAUCAGUACCACUUAAAGACAGGUUCCGUAUGUGCAUGAAAUGAACAUAUGUGGGAAGCUUUGUGCAGAUGGUGUGUGCCUCAGUGCUGAUGAGUCAGAAACAGAAGAUCUAAGACACAGACUGCUGUUACAGAGUCAAACAAGAGUGAGCAUCAUUGGAUCAAUGAGAAUUUCUUGUGUUGUUAUGUGUAUUUGAUUAUUGUUGACCAUUUGCUUUACUACUGCUGUGCACUGGCAGACAUGUAUUCCAUUCAUUUACUAAAUUUGACAGAAACACAUACAUUAACUAAACACUAAGAUGUGACUUGAUAUUUUAUAUUUGUAAAACCAAGGGCCCAAGUAUUUAAAAAAAUUAAACCAUGUAGAAUAAAUAAUGGUAUAUUACCAAGAACUUAACACCAUAAAUUAAUUAGCUAGGGAUUAGAUGUCAACAAGCAUGGAGACAUUUCUUCCUAAAAUGGUGGCUGUGCCAGAGGUAAAUUGAAGCAGUGGUCGUUUAUUCAAUUAUAUUACAGUGUGUUAGUGUUAGUAUUAUGUUAACAUUACUACAAUAAAGAGAGACCAUUAGCAGAGGUAACUCAAAUGCAACUGCCAUGUUCUGUAUUUGUAAUCUGUGGAGAGGUUUUUUUUUUUUUUUUAAUUUAUGAGGUAUUAUAAACUUAUGUUGCAGCAAUGUUUAUGUUGUAAUUUCUUUUGGUAAUGUCUCAUAAUAAUGUAAAAUGUGGAAGUAAUGUGCAAAUACACAAAAUAGCACACAAGAAGUUAUUUUAAUACUGUUACAUGACUUGAGCAAGUUUUCAGUCUUAUGUUUGAUUAUUUAGCCACAUUGCUUUCACUACAUUUGAAAGUCAAUGUCCUAAGAUAUGAAAAGAGGUAUUUGUUUUGGUUCUGGCUCAUUUUCCUUC